CUCCUCCCCAAUAUCUUUCGUGUGCUACAUGUUAUCUGGGAUGCAAGUAAAUUUUAUUUCUGUUUCCGUUUUGAGUUAUUCCGUCGCUCCCUACAUGGUUUUGUUUGUAAUAUAUUGUCGAGUUUAUUACGUAUGGUACUCUCCCAUCUCAUAAUUGUGAUAAAUUGUUAUUGGUUCUCUUGACACACACCCCAUUUUUUCCCUUAUUUUUAUAAGUUUUAUAUUUUUUUACUAUUUUGUUAUUUAUUUCUGCUAUUUCAUUUAUUUAGACAUUGAUAAGAGCUGGAUUACAAAGCCACGAGGGAGUGUAGAAUAUAGGGAUGGUCUAAAUAGAUUCCUUGACUUUGCAUUUGCCAAUGCAUCAUCCGAUGGGAUGAUACAUUGUCCAUGCCCUUUGUGUGGGUUUCGGUGUUACCAAACUAGAGAAGACGCCUACGAUCAUCUUUUGAUGAAACCCUUUCCCCCUAACUAUACCUUUUGGUUACAUCACGGUGAGAGGAUCGUAGACGAGAGAUCCAGCGGUAGGGAAGAACUAGAACCCAUUGUAAAUUCAGGAGAUCAAAUGCGUGACAUGGUCCACGACGCAUUCAACUUGCCGGGACUGCAGAAUGAGGAUGAAGACUCGAUGAAUGGGCAUGUCGAAGAUGUUGCGGAGGGGUUGCCGUACCUAUCUGACGAACCUAGCUGCGAGGCUCGUGCCUUUCACGACUUGCUGGAGGAUGGCGAGCAGGAGUUGUACCCGGGAUGCUCAAAAUUCUCGAAACUGUCUUUCUUGGUGAGGCUGUACCAUAUCAAGUGCAUGUGCGGAGUGAGCGACAAGGCUUUCGGUUUGAUUCUAGAGCUACUGAGUGAUGCCUUUGAGCAUGCAGGGAUUCCGAAGACGUUGCACGAUGCCAAGAGGAUCAUAAGGAAGCUCGGUAUUGAGUAUAAGAAGAUAGAUGCAUGUCCAAAUGACUGCAUGCUGUAUCAGGGCUCCGAUCAAGACCUGUCUAAAUGCAAACGGUGUGGAGCAUCCAGGUGGAAGCAAAAGACCCGGAAGAAUUCUUUAUUAAGGAUCAACGCCGUUGUCAAGAAGAAUGGGAAACCUCUGCCGGCGAAGAUUCUCCGUUACUUUCCUCUGAUUCCACGGUUACAGCGAUUAUUCAUGUCCAGCAAGACAUUCGUGGACAUGUUGUGGCACAAGAGAGGAACCAACACAGACGGUUCCUUGAGGCAUCCCAGGGACGGUGAGGGUUGGAAAGCAUUUGACAGGAGAUAUACUGAAUUUUCUCGCGAUCCACGCAAUGUUCGCUUAGCCCUGGCCAGCGAUGCCUUCAAUCCUUAUGGAAACCUCAGUUCAAAGUACUCAAUAUGGCCAGUGAUUCUUAUUCCAUACAACCUACCCCCAUGGAUUUGCAUGAAACAAACCAACUUCAUUCUCUCUAUGAUUAUUUCUAGUCCUAAAAUGCCUGGCAAUGAUAUAGAUGUCUACCUACAGCCCCUGAUCGAUGAGCUGAAGUAGUUGUGGUCCCGUGUUGAUACAUACAACGCCAGUGAGAAGAAAACAUUCAAGAUGCGAGCUGCACUGAUGUGGACUAUCAACGAUUUUCCUGGCUUGGGCAAUUUAUCUAGCUGGAAUACUUAUGGCGGGAGAGCUUGCCCCACGUGCAAUUUAGAUGACGAGACUAUGUGACUCACCUUCAGUCAGAAAUAGUGUUAUAUGGGUCAUCGUCGCUCCUUGAAUCGCGAUCACAGAUACAGACAGGAUCGGAGUAGAUUCGAUGGCAAGGUAGAGGAUAGAUCCCCACCUACCAAAUUGACUGGUAAGGAUGUCCUGAGACAAAUGGAGGGUGUUCCCAUCUCACAAGGCAAGGUGCAAGCGGUGGGCGGUAAAAGAAGGCGCGGACAGUAGACCGUGGUGCAAGAUGAGUCUCCCUGGAAAAAAAGGAGUGUAUUUUUUGACCUGCCGUACUGGGAGAACAACGAAUUACGUCACAACCUUGACGUGAAGCACAUAGAGAAGAAUGUAUGCGACAACAUUGUUUUCACCAUGUUGAACGAGAGCGGUAAGUCCAAAGACCACCUAAAAGCUCGAAAAGAUCUCCAGUUGAUGGGCAUCCGGCAGGAUAUGUGGCCACUUGAAGGUGGAAAGUAUCCCGCUGCAGUCUUUACCUUGCGGAAUCUAGAGAAGGAUGUCUUUCUUAGGAUAAUCAAGAAUGUGGUCUUUCCAAACGGAUACUCUAGUAACAUCUCUCGUCGUGUUGAUUUAAAACAGCGCAAGUUAUUCGGCUUGAAGAGUCAUGACUGUCAUAUUCUAAUGGAACAUCUACUGCCAAUUGCGUCAAAACACGUGUUGCCCACCCCAGUGUCCGCCGUCUUGGCUGAGUUAUCAGCCUUUUUCCGACUAAUAUGCAGUAAAUCCAUAGAUCCUCAACAACUUCCUCUCCUUCAGGAUCAUGUGGUCCAUACUUUGUGCCACAUGGAGAUGAUAUUUCUACCUUCCUUCUUCACAGUUAUGGUUCAUCUAACGGUGCACUUGGUCGAGGAGGUACGUCUCGGUGGCUCAGUGCAUUACCGGUGGAUGUACCCAAUUGAGAGGUACCUAUGUCGUCUCAAGCAGUACGUGCGUAACAGGGCACAACCGGAAGGAUCGAUUGCAGAAGGCUACUUAUCCGAGGAGAUCCUCACAUUCUGUUCGAGAUACCUAGAUAACGUCGAGACUAGGAUCAACCGACCGACACGCGUUGACGACCGGCUGACCGAUGCUCCGCCGUGCGAGAUUGCCAAUAUGUUCCCAGAUGUUGGAAAGGCGGUCAGGGCAGCUUCAUUUUUUACUCUAACAGCAACCGAAAAGCAUCAAGCACAUCGUCAUGUACUGGUCAAUUGCAUUGCUGUAGAGAAAUUCUUGGAGUAAGUACAAAGACUGAGUUCUAAAAUUAUACAGUGAGCCAAUUUGGUAUUGGUAGUACUAAACUUGAACAAACCUUUUGUAUGCACAGUGAGUACAGAGCCAUGACAAAGAAAAAACUGCGAAGUAAAACAAGGUCCCAGUCUCAGGUAGAUAGUGCUGUGCACAGAGGAUUUUCCAAUUGGUUUAGGCAUCAGGUAAUCUUUAAUAUCUCAGGAUCCUAAUACCAUUUGAUGCCCUCUUGCCUCUAAUGGUUCAAUGACAGGUCCCAUUUGGAAGCACCAAUCAUUCGAAUGAGUUGCAGUGGCUCGCCUGCGGUCCCCUUGCUCAGGCCAAACGCUAUCAGGCUUACAAUGUCAAUGGAUUUAAAUUUAGGACCAUGUCGAGGGAGGAAGGGAUGAAAACACAGAAUAGCGGGGUUUAUGUCACUUCGGAUACUAGAAGUUAUGCAAGUAAACGGGAUGCCAAUGUUGCUG